GGCCUCGUUUCAUAAUAUUCGCAUCAUGAUACCCGGAAAGCGCAACACGAUGUACGCUUCGGGACUCUUGUUCUUAGUCUUUGUUCUGGCGUUCGGUUUGGCUCAGAAGACAACGGCCGUCGAUCCCUGCCCUUCCUCGUGCGGCGGGAGUGAACUCUCCGUGCAGUUCCCGUUCCGGCUCAACCGGAGCGGCUGCGGCUACCCCAGGUUCGACCUCUCCUGCAACAGCCAGCGCCAGACCAUCCUCACCCUCCCCCUCUCCGGCGGCUUCAUCGUCCAGAACAUCGACUACGCGGCACAGACCGUCUGGCUCAACGACGCCGGCAGCUGCCUCCCGAGCCGGCUCCUGAACUUCACCCUCGACGGCUCGCCGUUCAGGGCCCCGCUGCCCAGGAACUUCACCCUGGUGAACUGCUCUGGCGACGCCACGCUGGCGGCGAGGGCAGCGAUGCCGACGCUGCUGGAGGUCCAGUGCAUGAGCAGCGGGGACUACAUGGUGAUGUCGGUGGAGAGCCGGUUCUACGGCGGCCCCGGGUCGCACGCGUGUGACGAGAUCGGGACUGUCACCGUGCCAGUGGCGUGGCAGUCGGUGUCGGAUCUGCACGAGGACGUGAGGCUCGCGUGGGGACAGCCGGCCUGCAAGUCGUGCUUGGCGCGCGGCGGGACGUGCGGCUUGAGGAAGGGCUCCGAUUCGGAGAUAGCCUGCACAAAUGUCCGGACCACCGGUAAGUGUCUUCCAAGGAGUGCCAAGUACGGCAUAAUCCUAGGCCUCGGCAUCCCGGCCAUCCUGUGCCUGAUCGGGCUCUGCAGCUACGUAUGCGGCCUGAUCAGUGCUUACGGCCGGCAGCGGCGACACCCACGGGAAGAAACUAACACAGACUUCACCACCGUGAUUGUCCCACGGUCGUUUGUCGUGAUGGGACUCGACAGACCAACCAUCGAGUCCUACCCGAAGACGCUGCUCGGCGCGAGCCGCCGCUUGCCUAAGCCCGCCGACAACACUUGCCCGAUAUGCUUGUGCGAGUACCAGCCUCAGGAGGCUUUACGGACCAUACCCAAGUGCGAUCACUAUUUCCAUGCCGACUGCGUCGACGAGUGGCUCACGAUGCAUUCCACAUGCCCAUUGUGCCGAAAUACGCCGGAGGGGUCCACUUCGGUCACACCUUCAGCCCUGUUGCAAUCUUCGCUGUCGCCGUCUUCGACAUCAGCUUAGGAUGCGAUGGAGCCUGUCGUCUGUUCAUUUUCACAUCACUAUGGCUUGGGGGUUCUCAUGUUCUUCCAAUCAUUGUGCUCUCGCGUUUCCGAUUUUGGUGUGAUUUUCAUUUUGGAAUCGUCUUAGAACAUAGAUCUUGUUCUCGAUCUGUGUAUGGUAUCGACAUCGUUUGCAUUCAUCCGACCCGAUUCGCAUGUCCAAGUUCCCGAAAGAAUGCCCACAUGAUG